GGAUACCACAUUGUCAUGGUGAAGACACCUGACUGUAAUGUCGAAGAAAUCUCAAAAUUAAUUCAUUAUUAUAUACCGACAGCCACUUUGGAAAACGAUGUUGGAACUGAGUUAUCAUUUAUUCUACCCAAAAAUUAUGUACACAGUUUUCAAGCGCUGUUUACUGCUCUGGAACAAGAACAAGAAAACCUGGGCAUUGCUAGCUUUGGUGCCUCUGUCACUACCAUGGAAGAAGUCUUAUUAAAGGUCGGUUACAUGGAAGAGUCACAAACUGAUAACGAGCCUAUGCAGUCUUCCUCCCAAAUGGGCCAAGCCUCCAACAGGAACCAGAAUAAGAACAUAUCAAGAAAUGUUGAGGGAGCAGAUCCUCCCACCCUGAAUGAAAGCCCUACUAUUAACUUUAAUACCAGGUGUUCUCUCUACAGCCAGCAGUUCCAUGCCAUGUUCGUAAAGAGGGUGAUGUUCAACUGGCGCAAUUGGAAAAUGCUUUUUUUACAGAUACUGGGACUCAUAGGCUCCCUCGCCUUUCUCUUAAGAUCUAGUAACACUUCUUCACAGGAUGAAAUUAUUAGGCAAAUGGAUUUGAGUCAAUAUGGUCAAACCAUUGUGCCCUUUUCUAUUUCCGGGAAUUCUGAUUUGACUGCAAAUAUCUCAAAACACCUUGAGGGUAUGCUCAAGUCUGACAAUCAAAUACCUCAGGAAGUACAAGGUAAAGCUCACUGA